UCCAUUCCCCAGCCCCACCGGAAACCCCCCUUCCUAAAAAUAGAAUAAAGGUUUUCAACAGGGCGCCUCCAGCUUCCAAUUUCCAUAGCAGCCCAGCAGCUGGGCAGCUGCCGCGAGCACUUCAUUUCAGGAAACUCGACUCUCAUUCAGCUCCGCCUGUGCCACCAAAUUCCUUGCCCGGAGUUUUUCCGUUCCCAUUACUUCGCCCGCGUUCUUCAAUUUUCAUUCAUCGCGACACAUCACUCCUCAUUGCUGCUCUCAAUCGACUGGUUUUGCAGUUAUUCUAGACUUUUCAUCUCAGUCAGAGAAUGGCCAAUAAUCCUCAAUAUUCAGGUUUACAGCCCCUUCGGCCUCCUGUUGUUGGUCCUAUGGAUCAAGCUAGAGCCUUUGUUCCCCAAAUGACUAAUCAGCAGUUUCGACCAGCAGUCCCAGCACCUCACUCGCAGCAGUUUGUUCCCUUGCCCUCUUCCCAUUUUCAGCCCCUUGGCCAAGGUGUUCCCAUGAUGAAUGUUGGAAUGCCCCCUCCUCCUCUAGCCCAACAACCCCAAUUUUCUCAGCCAGUGGCUCACCUACCACCAAGACCCUGCGAGCCAGUUCAUGGGUCAUUACCACCACAAACAAUUCCACUGCCAAUUGCUCAGCCAAAUAGGAAUUUUACCCCUGAAUUGCAACAAGCACAGCCUCUCACUCAACCUGCUGCUAUUGGCGUGCCUGGUCCAGGUGGCUCUGGAACAUCUUUAUCAGCACCAUACAAUUAUGGACCACCUCAAAAUUACAAUACCCCUACCAUUCAUCCUCCACCCCAUUCACAAGCACCAAUUGUAUCUUCUGGAGCUCAGCUGGGCAGUUCGGUUUCAGUCACACCUCUGAAUCGCGCAAGAGAACAGCCUUAUGCUACCUCCUCUAUAGCUUCAGCAGCCAAUGUUCAAACGAUGCCCUCUGGUGCAGCCUCAUCAGAAUGGAGAGAGCAUACAUCUGCUGACGGUAGAAGAUAUUAUUACAACAAGAAGACCAAAAUAUCUAGUUGGGAAAAGCCUUUUGAAUUGAUGACUCCAGUAGAGAGGGCAGACGCAUCAACCAACUGGAAGGAGUUCACAAGUCCUGAAGGAAGGAAAUAUUAUUAUAACAAGGUCACCAAGGAAUCUAAGUGGGUGAUUCCCGAGGAACUGAAGUUGGCUCGAGAGAGAGCAGAGAAGGCAUCUACUCUAGGAACAGAGAAGGAACCUGUUCCUCUCGAACUCCCUUCUGUUUCUUCCCUGGAAGCACCAUCUACUACUGCUGAUACAAUGUCAACUGCCAAAGGACUAGCAUCUAGCACUUCGUCAGUAGCAGCUAUCGAUUUACAAAAUGACAAGGACACCUCUCCUGCUGCUGUUUCAAGUGUAGAAACAAAUGGAGUUCAGUCACCCGUCAAUAUCAUUCCUUCUAGUUGCGCUAUCUCAGAGAAUGACAGUGCUGCUGGUGCUGUGGAGGAUACUACUGUAGAACCCAGGAAUGAUUUGAACCAGUCUUCUGCUCAGGAUACUGAUAGUUUGAUAGAUGGCGUUUCUGCCCAAGAUCUUGAGGAAACGAAGAAAGAUAUAUCGGAGGAGAAAGUUGAAUUUACAAUGGAAGAGAGGGCUAUUGAUCAGGACACCUCUGCGUAUCCAAAUAAGCAGGAAGCAAAAAAUGCAUUUAAAGCUCUCCUGGAGUCUGCCAAUGUUGGCUCUGACUGGACGUGGGAUCGGGCCAUGAGAAUUAUAAUUAAUGACAAACGAUAUGGUGCUCUGAAAACACUUGGAGAACGGAAGCACGCUUUCAAUGAGUUCCUUGGUCAAAGAAAAAAACAGGAAGUAGAGGAAAGACGAAUUAAACAGAAAAAAGCGCGGGAAGAAUUCAGAAAGAUGCUGGAAGAGUCAACUGAGGUGACUUCAUCUAUGAGAUGGAGCAAAGCCGAAUCAAUAUUUGAAAAUGAUGAACGCUUCCUAGCAAUUGAAAGAGAUAGGGACCGACGUGAUCUCUUUGACGGCUACUUGGAGGAACUCAAGAAUAAGGAGCGUGCAAAAGCACAGGAGGAGCGUAGUCGGAACAUUCUGGAAUAUAGAACAUUUUUGGAAUCUUGUGACUUCAUUAAGGCUAGUAGCCAGUGGCGUAAAGUACAAGACCGCUUAGUGGUUGAUGAAAGAUGUGCACGCCUUGAAAAAAUUGAUCGCUUGGAAAUUUUUCAGGAAUACCUACGUGAUUUAGAGAAGGAAGAGGAGGAGCAGAGAAAAAUACAGAAGGAAGAACUGAGAAAAGCAGAACGUAAAAACCGUGAUGAGUUCCGCAAGAUGAUGGAAGAACACAUUGCUGCGGGGAUUCUUACACCUAAAAUUCAUUGGCGUGACUACUGCAUGAAGGUUAAAGAGUUGCCUGCAUAUUUGGCAGUUGCUGCAAAUACAUCUGGUUCAACUCCAAAGAAUUUGUUUGAAGAUGUUGCAGACGAGAUCCAAAAACAAUAUCGUGAUGAUAAAACGAGAAUAAAAGAUGCUUUGAAGCUGAGAAAGAUUGUAAUGUCAUUGUCAUGGACACUUGACGACUUUAAAGCUGCCAUUUCAAAAGAUAUCAGCAAUCCUCCAAUAUCAGACAGCAACUUAAAGCUAAUUUUUGAUGAAUUGCUCGAACGGGCCAGGGAGAAGGAGGAGAAAGAAGCUAAGAAGCGUAAACGUCUUGGAGAUGAUUUUUUUAGUCUUUUAUGUUCGUUUAAGGAAAUAUCUGUAUAUUCAAAUUGGGAAGACAGCAAACUCCUUUUUGAAGGAAGCCAAGAGUACAGUUCGAUCGAGGACGAGAGCUUCUGUAAGGAAAUAUUUGAGGAGUACAUUGCACAACUGAAAGAACAUGCAAAAGAAAACGACACUAAGCGAAAGGAGGAAAAGGCAAGAAAGGAAAAAGACAAGGAGGAAAGAGAUAGAAGGAAGGAGAAACACAGAAAAAGCGAAAGAGAAAAGGAAAGGGAAAAGGAGGAGAACUCGAAGAAAGAUGGAGUAGACAAUGAAAAUGCUGAUGGUUCGGAUACCCUUGAAUCGAAAGAGAACAGGAGACUGGGGAAAGAACGUAGUAAGAAACAAAGAAAGAGACGGUAUAGCGAUGAGGAAUAUUCAGACGAAGAUGAAGCAGGUCAUGAUCGAUCGAAGAAAUCCCAAUCGCAUAAAGACCGGAAGAAAUCUAGGCGGCAUGCAUCUGCUCAUGACUCGGAUGGUGAAAGCAGACAUAGAAGGCACAAGAGAGAACAUCGAAAUGGUUCGUCUAAGAAUUUUGACCACGAGGAGCUUGAAGACGGGGAAUGUGGUGACGACGGGGCAAGUAGGUAGUUUUUUUACUCCUAUAUUAACUAUUAGUGGGAUUUUUAUUAACCUAAAAUAUUUGAUGAUGUUUAAAUCCUUUUUUGGCUUUGUGUAUACACUAAUUUAUUGUCAAUAAGCUGUCUCUGUUGGUCACAAACGUAUUUUAUGCCUGGAUUUUCAUUUUAAGAUAGUAGACCCUUUGUAUUGAA